AUGCUAUCACCAAUCAUCGCCUCGUCACCUCUACGGAUAUCGUCACCCCUUCGAGCGACAAUCGAUGCCAAUGAUGAGAAGUCGAAUGGUCUCGGUAUUUCAUCACCCCGUCAAUCAAUCGAGAAGUCGCCUCUGCUGGCAAAGACUCCUAGUCUUUCACGUUCAAUUGCCUCGACUAGUAGCGUGGAGAGCGCUGAUCAACCUUCAACGGCAUAUGUACAAUCGUCCCGAACAUAUCAUCCCUCGCGCGUUCCCACGGCAUAUGUUCCUUCGCCUCAUGGUACGCAUUUGUACUCGCCCAAGCAUCUACCAAAGGCAGUCGUGUCUGCCAUAGCAGAUGAAGCAUCAAAGCAGCCAGCAGCAGCUUUGCGCUUACCAAAACGAACCUCUUCAAUAUCACACCAGACUCCUAUUGUACCAAAGCGAGCUCCUCCUGUUGUACCGCAACGCACCCCCUCUGUGUCGCAAUACAUUCCUAUCGAGCUCCAACGGCCUCUUUCUGUAUCGCGACGAAUCCCUGUUGUACCACAACGAGCUCCCACUUUGCCACAAAUAGCACCAACUGCACUCCAGCGACCUCCUGCUGUCGAGAUCACGCCCAUACAGACGACAAGCCUAUACACAUCACGGCGGGUAUCGUCAACAUUCCUCACACCCACCUCCCACAUGGGCCCUCCUCUAAUAACAAACCCGCCCUCUCCCGAAAGAGAGCUUGACACCUUCCCAAGCUCCCCGCCAGUACACAUGCCCUUGACCCGACCUACAAAUCUUUACCAAUCAAGACGGGCACCAACGCCAUACAACCAUGCAGCACAAAACACUGGCCCGCUCGCUCCCAGCCCUCUCGCUCCCAGAAGAGUUCCGGUAGCAUAUACACCUGCGAGUCAAUCGCGUGUGCCAUCCUCAAUGCUGGCGCCUCCGCCUUCGGUCAGACGACUUAAUUCUGCUCGUAACAGAGGCCACAGUUUUGCUUCCAACACGAGCAGUGUGUACAGCCGACUUGUAACCGAUCCGAAGUGA